AUGGAGGGAAGUAUGCAAUGUAAUGCUAACUAUGUUCCUCUCACUCCAAUCAGCUUCUUGGAGCGUUCUGCCAUUGUUUAUGGUGACAAGCUCUCUUUGGUUUUUGGCAAUGACAAAUACACAUGGUCUCAAACACAUCAACGAUGCAUCAAACUUGCUUCUUCCAUUUCUCAACUUGGUGUUUCUCAUCAUGAUGUGGUUGCUGUGUUGGCCCAUAAUACUCCAGCAACAUAUGAGCUACAUUUUGGUGUUCCAAUGUCAGGGGCUAUUCUCUGCACUCUCAAUACUCACACAGACUCAUCAAUGGUUUCAUUAUUAUUAAAGCAUUGUGAUGCCAAAAUUCUUUUUGUUGAUCAUCAACUACUUGAUAUUGCAAAGGGAGCCCUUGAUAUCCUGUCAAAAUCAUCCACUAAGCUUGCCACUUUGGUCUUAAUUUUAGAGUCUGAUGCUCAAAACAGCAACACUUAUGUUUCUCCUGAAACAUUGAUCUAUGAGAAUCUUAUAGCUGAAGGAAAACUUGAUUUUGAGGUGAAGAAACCAAAAGAUGAAUUUGAUACAAUUUCAAUUAGUUACACUUCUGGAACCACAGCAACUCCAAAAGGUGUAAUCUAUAGUCAUAGAGGUGCUUAUCUUAAUGCUUUGUCUACAGUUAUUAUCAAUGAGAUGAUAUCUUCAUCUGUGUAUUUAUGGUGUGUUCCAAUGUUUCAUUGCAAUGGUUGGUGUGUCCCAUGGAGUAUGGCUGCUCAAGGUGGCACAAAUAUAUGCCUAAGAAGUUUAACUGCUAAAAGUAUAUUUGAAGAUGUUUUUAAGCACAAAGUAACUCAUAUGGGAGGUGCACCAACAAUUCUAAACAUGAUAAUAAAUGCACCACUUGAAUUUAGAAAGCCGAUUCCGUGGAAGGUUCAAGUUAUGACAGGCGGUGCUCCACCACCGCCUGGCGUGUUUGCUAAGAUGGAGGAAUUAGGAUUUUAUGUAACUCAUGCAUAUGGUAUGACUGAAACUUAUGGUCCUGCAUCAAUUUGCACAUGGAAACCAGAAUGGAGUUGUUUGCCUCAAGACGUGCAGGCGAAAUUGAAGGCGCGUCAAGGAGUACUUCAUGUUGGAAUGGAGGGACUUGAUAUAAAAGAUCCUGUCACAAUGAAAAGUGUACCGGCUGAUGCGAAAACCAUCGGUGAGAUUAUGUUUAGGGGAAACAAUGUGAUGAAAGGAUAUCUAAAUGAUUUGAAAGGAACAAAAAAUGCUUUUAAAGAUGGAUGGUAUAAGACAGGUGACUUGGGAGUCAAGCAUCCUGAUGGUUACAUAGAAGUUAAGGAUCGGUCAAAGGAUAUAAUCAUCUUCGGCGAAGACAUCUACAUUAGCACAAUUGAGUUGGAAAGUGUGAUUUAUAAUCACCCUGCUGUUUUUGAGGUUGCUGUUGUGGGGAGACCUGAUGAAUAUUGGGGAGAGACACCUUGUGCAUUUGUGAAGCUUAAGGAAGGGUACAAUGCUACAGAAGAAGAGAUAAUGCAACUGUGUCAAAAGAGUUUGCCUCAUGUUAUGGCUCCACAAACUGUUGUGUUUGGUGAUUUACCAAAGACACCAACUGGUAAGACACAAAAAUAUGUGUUAAGGGAGAAGACAAAGGCUAUGGGAAGCUUAUCAAAAAUCAAAUGCAUUUCUAAAGAAACAUUCUUCAAUGUUAAGUGA